UUGUUAAACCGUAAGAGAGGAGACAUGUGCGAAUUUUUACCUUAUACCCAAUCUGCGACCAUAUCAUAGAAUAUUGUUACACAUUCAACAUGAAUGUUUAUCUGCUCUUCUCGAUAUUUGGACUGGCUGUUUGCAGAGAUAGUAAAUUGUACCUGAAACCUGCUUGGGCGGACGAACAAAAGUUCCACAGAUAUCAAGACGUCAAGAAGAGUAUUCAGCUAGGCGUCAAUGCCACAUUUUAUCUGGCAAAGGUGACUUACAAUAGCGAAAGCAUAUGGGCACGAAACAUCAGUUGUGUGCGUUCUACAGCUAGAACUAUCUCCGAUGGAGUUUUCAACCUCACAACAAUUGCUAAAUACACAAACCAGUCUGAUAUGCAUACGUCUUAUGCCAAAGUCACUGUCACUAAAGUGUAUGGCUACAAGAAAACGAAGAAUGGUUUCAAGUACAAGCCGCAAGAUGGGAGUAUGCAAUCCAAAUAUGCCCUCACGUUCUCUAAUUACCGGACUUGCUCAAUCUACUACGGUCCUACGCACGUCUUCUCAGGAGAUUACGAGCUAUGGGUGAGAGACUACAAAAAUAUUCCACCUUGUUGCGAAUUUCUAUUCAAAUAUUUGGCUCUGGCUAAGCGAACACGUGUAAUGUAUGAGGACAUCUGCGAUUCUGAAACUGAUGUAAAGGGAUGACAAAAAGGAUGCUUAUGACAUUUGCACGAAUACCUUGUAUAGGUUCAGCAAAUGUAAGCAUAGUCACUUCGGUGAAUUUUUUUUGGAGUGGCCUGUUGAGGAAGCAUUCGCGUAUUGAACUGAAAAAACAGUAAUAGUACUGCUACAAACGCGAAUAAAGUCUGGAAACCAAAAACA